AUGACAAGAGCGAUUCACACAUUCCGGAUUCGACGCCUUCUCAGUCGGAUACACAGCACUCUCUACUCAAACGGCGAGACAUUUUGCUCCCGUACAAAUAGCCGCCAGACUGCUAUACAGCAACUCCGAGAAGAAGUCGAAAACUGGUACCUUGAAAUACCUCCCACGCCUGCGGCAAAAGAACCCCUUACGCUAUUUCCAACCUCGGAUUGGUUCGAUCUGGAGUACAACUAUGCUAUAAUACAACUCUAUCGAUCUGAAAUUAUUCAUGGACCAACUGGAGCCGGAGAUGAUGUCUUCAUCCAAUGCAUGAGGGCUUCAGAGAGCAUUUGCCACGGCUAUCGUCGCCAGUUCGUUGGAAAGCCGACCAGUUCGACAUGGACGGCACUUCACGAACUUUUUUUGGGGGGACUUACAUAUCUGCAUUGCCUAUGGACGUCGCCUGCAGCACGUGAGGCACAUGCAAAUGGCCAAGUGAGCAGUACCUGCAGUGACUGUACCAUUGCUCUGGUUAUAAUGGCAGAGAGAUGGCACGCUGCCGCACCCUAUCGGGACAUUUUUGAAACGCUUUCCAAUCUGACAAUGAAGAUGAUGGAGGAGGCAAAUGGUGGUAUCUCAAACUUUACACUGGCAACAACAUUACAUGGUCGUCUGGUUGAGAAUGAUUUGAUGGAGCAAAUGGAAUUGAUGGGUGAUUCUGGCAUUUCUGAUGGAAUAUCUGAGCUUCUGGAUCGUCUUUUAGGCGAAAAUCCGCGAGAGGAUUAG